CAAAAGUACAUUUAGAGAGAAGUCUUCUCUCUGGUACACGUAACUUUUACUGUAAUUAAAAGCCCAUUUGCCAACGUGUACGAUAAGUUGGAUUCAAAAUUUUGAUAAAACAUUUAGAACAACCUUUUUUUGCGUCAAUUUUCUAUUUUAAUAAAAUUAUAUUUUAAUAUAAAUUGAAAGCUACUUACCAAGAUGACUGUAAAAAUUAAAGUAAAGGAUAAACUGGAAGAUGAUAUUUUGGAUUUAAGUUUUUGUGAUUUGCGUGAAGUUCCAAUUAAAGAAAUUGCACCAAUUAAAAAAGCAUCUCAGUUGGAUUUGUCAAACAAUCAAUUAGUUUCAUUACCGAAUUCAAUCAUCACUCUAAGUCAUAUUGUAAAGCUCGUUCUCAGUAAAAAUAUGUUAACUGAAAUACCAGAAAAUAUUGGAGAAAUGCGUCAAUUGAGACAUUUAGAUCUUUAUAGUAAUCAGAUUAGUAGGCUCCCAUUAAGUAUGGCUGAAUUAAAAAAUCUUAAAUGGUUAGAUCUCAAGGAUAAUCCUCUAACAUCAGCUGUAGCAAGUGUUGCUGGACCUUGUAGUAAUAGCAAUGAGUGUAAAGCUUGUGCUCGUAAUAUUGUAUCGUACUUAAUACGUAUAAAACAGUCAAUUGAAGAUGAAAAAUUAAAACGAACUACCGUAAAUAAUACAAACGAAGGAGCAGUAAAAAAAGAAAGUAAAAAGAAAAAAAAGAAAAAUCUUGAUAAAGGAGAUAGUGCAAAAAGUACGGAUAAAGUAUCCGAGGCAUUAAUUGCCGAAAAAUUAGCAACUGUAGGGGCUUCUGAUGAAAAAAAAAAUGAGGUAAAAAACUAUCUUAAAAAUUCGGAACACUCAAAUAAUAGAAAAAUAUGUAGUCUACUUGGUAAAAUUUUUUAUUCAACAAUUUUAUCAAUUUUAAUUGCAAUAUUGUUCAUACCAUUAGCAUUAAUAUUAUUGCCUAAGUAUGAUCAGUCGCUUUCAAAUGAUUUGAUGUCUUACUUACAAACUCAAACAAAUUUACCUGCGAAACAUUAUCAGGAAAUAGGUAUAAAGAAGUUCAAUGAAAUUUUAGAACAGAUACUAAUAAUAUUUGACAAUUUAAAAAUAUUAACUAUAGACUAUUAUGAAAAAAUUAUCAGCAACUUUAAAUAGAUAACUUUUUCACAGUUACAAUAAUAAAAUUAAUUGAAUAUUCCUGGAAAUGCUGAUAUACAAUCAGCUAUUGAAAUUUUAUUCGAAAAAUUUUUGACUUCGAAAAUAAUCAAUUGACAUUCGUAGAUAAGCUAAAAAUUAUUUUAUUGACUUUGAUGUAAUUUUAUGAAAAUUUAAUUAUUUUCACCUAUUCACGUAAACAAUAGAAUAAACAAGUGGAAUGAUAGUCCAGGAGAAUUUUUGUUCUUUCUAAUGAAAGAUGAAAAUCGCCACCAAGUGGCUCAAAGAAAUAUUUUAAAUAAUGUGUAAUAA